AUGCGCUCCUUGUCCUUCCUCGCCGGCCUCGGGCUCACCAGCCUCGUAGGGGCAUCCCCUCUCCUCUCCACGCGACAGGCGCCGUCCGGCGCGCAAAACGUCGUCUACUGGGGCCAGAACGGCGGCGGCACCAUCGAGAACAACGACCUCGGCGCGUACUGCCAGUCCAACUCGGGCAUCGACGUGCUCGUGCUGUCCUUCCUGUACCAGUUCGGCCGCGACAACAACAUCCCCUCCGGCACCAUCGGCCAGUCGUGCUUCAUCAGCAACGCCGGCCAGGGCCAGAACUGCGAGGCCCUCACCGCGGCCAUCAGCAAGUGCCAGGCCGCCGGCGUCAAGAUCGUGCUCUCCCUCGGCGGCGCCACCAGCUCCUACUCCCUGCAGAGCCGCGCCCAGGCCGAGCAGAUCGGCCAGUACCUGUGGGAGUCGUACGGCAACUCGGGCAACACGACGGUGCAGCGGCCCUUUGGCAGCAACAAUGUCGACGGCUUCGACUUUGACAUCGAGGUCAACGGCGGCAGCAGCCAGUACUACCAGUACAUGAUCGCGACGCUGCGGGCCAACUUUGCCAAGGACUCCUCCAAGAAAUAUGUGAUUACGGGCGCGCCGCAGUGCCCGAUCCCGGAGCCCAACAUGGGCGAGAUGAUCGCGACCAGCCAGUUCGACUACCUGUUCGUGCAGUUCUACAACAACAACAACUACACGGUGCCGUGCGCGCUGCCCAUCAACGGCAACGCCCCGUUCAACUACAACAACUGGACCAGCUUCAUCGCCUCCGGGCCCUCCAAGGACGCCAAGAUCUUCAUCGGCGUGCCCGCCUCGACGCUGGCGGCCAACGGCGGGCCCGGCGGCGCCACCUACUACGCGACCCCGGAGCAGCUGGCCACCAUCGUCAACGACUACAAGAGCGACGCCCACUUUGGCGGCAUCAUGAUGUGGAGCGCGGGAUUCUCCGACUCGAACGUGAUCAACGGGUGCACGUACGCGCAGCAGGCCAAGCACAUCCUGGUCAACGGCGGGCCCUGCGGCGCCGACGGUCCGCCGCCGCCGUCGACCACAACGAGCACGCCCCCCGUUACGGUCCCGACGAGCUCCGCGCCGCCCGGGUCCUCCCCGACCGACACCGUCCCGCAGUGGGGGCAGUGCGGCGGAAAAGGAUAUUCUGGACCGACAGCGUGCCAGGCCCCGUAUACCUGCAAGGAGUCGACUCAGUGGUGGUCGUCUUGCCAGUGA